AUGGCAAACAAGUUUGCUUCAGGGUCUUUACCUCUAGAAUCUAAAAAUCCCAUGAGUUCUACAGCGUUUAUAAACAAAGCGAAACCUUUUUUCGUGGAUACCUUACAAGGGGAUAUCGAUAUGAACAAUUUCAACAUAACUAAUUUAAAGUUUCCAGGAAACGAUAACGAUGCCGUGAACAAAAAAUAUUUACUGGAUCAAAUAAACGCAAUUCAAAUAGAUAAGGACCAUGUUGAAAAUAGAAUAACUGACGUGAAAAGAUACUUCAGACGAAAUAUUAAAAAUUAUGUGGACGAACCCAAACUACAACAAGAGUUAACGAGUUUGAAACGUCUUAUUCAAGUGAAUAAAACAAGUCAGUUGCAAAAAGUAAUACCUAAAUUAGACGAAGAGAUUACGAAGAUCAGAAUAAGAACAGAAGAAAACCCAAUAUCAAGACCCUUAAUCCUAAUUUCUAAAUAA